GUCCAAAUGGUUGUCCAAGAAGGAGAGGCAGACAGACGUAUACCCGUUUUCAGACGUUGGAACUUGAAAAAGAAUUUCAUUUCAACCAUUAUCUAACGAGACGAAGACGCAUCGAAAUAGCGCACGCUCUCUGUCUGACAGAGAGACAGAUAAAAAUCUGGUUUCAAAACAGAAGGAUGAAACUCAAAAAAGAACUUCGAGCUGUAAAAGAGAUAAACGAGCAGGCGAGAAGGGAGAGAGAGGAACAAGAACGCCACAAGCAACAGCAACAAGAAAAACAACAGAAGAUCGAACAGAAUCACUCGUCGAUCCACCACCACCACGAUCCAAUGAAGAUGAGUUUAGAGAAAACUGGAACUUCGGAUCUGCUGAAAUCCGUAUCGAAAGUUCCCACAUAA